CACAUCAAAGCAUAAAAAAGUGAUGUUUUUUAGAUCCAGGUCGGAAAGAUAAAAAACGUCACUUUUUUAAGGCGUAGCUUUUUUAUUAUAUCCAGGCUAUACUUUCCUGUUCUUUUUAUUUUUGUAAUAUGGGCAUUUUCGGCUUUGGAUCUAACAGCAACAAUACCCCCAAACCAGAGGAAACUCAAGAUCUUGACGACUUGUACUCACCUACCGGCCAAUCAACCAGUUUUGAAGAAUCAUUUGGUCAUGAAGAAAGUGGCUAUGAAAAGAUGCCUGACUUUAUGUCCUCAAUCACACUCGAUUCAAACCGUCUUCAACCCAUGUCACUCCAGGGUCUCGAUUUUUUGCAAAUAGAAGAUAGUGCACCCGUCGGUUCUUCCUCUGGCUUCACACCUUCCCGUGGCUGGUCUGACGAUUUGUGUUAUGGUACGGGUACUACUUAUCUGGCUGGUUUGACCCUUGGUGGUGCUUAUGGUAUGGCAGAAGGUCUCAAAAAGAGCUCAGGUGCCUUUAAAGUUCGUUUGAAUACCACAUUGAAUACAAUCACUAGAAGAGGUCCUGGUGUUGGUAACGCUGUGGGUGUUAUUGCCAUGGUGUAUAACGGAACAAACUCGUUAAUUGGUUAUACCAGAGGAACCCAUGAUACAUUGAAUAGUGUGGCAGCUGGUGGAAUUGCUGGUGCAAUCUUUAAAUCAACUGCAGGUCCUAGAGCUGCUGGUAUCUCCGCUGCUAUUUGUGCUGCUGUUGCUGGUACUUGGUCUUUUAUAGUUCAACUUCAACAAUAAAAAAGGGAGAGGGAGGAGUCAAUUCGAUACACGAAAUGAAAUUAGAUACAAUCCAAGAAGAGAAUUUUUUUUUUUUACUUGGUAAAUUGAAAGUGAUGUCUCUAAAAGGAAGGAAGGAGAAGGGAGAGAGAGGG